AUGGCUGAGGUCAACCUUCAAGAAAUCCACGACACUCUGCUCUCCAUUGCCUUCGAGGCGGGGCGGAUGAUCAUGGCAGCCAACCCUGACGACAUCUCAACCGGCACGAAACUGAACUCUGUCGACAUUGUCACCGAGACCGAUCAAGCUGUCGAGAAGAUGGUUAGCACUCGGCUACAAAACAAAUACCCAACCUUUUCCUUCGUCGGUGAGGAGACCUACGUCGCCGGCGAGACCAAAGUUACGGAUGCCCCAACAUUCAUCGUCGACCCCAUCGACGGCACGACCAACUUCGUCCACGGCUUCCCGAACGCAUGCAUCUCGCUCGGCUUCGCAGUCAACCGCAUCCCCGCCGUCGGCGUCGUCUACAACCCCUUCCAGGACCUGCUAUUCACUGGCAUCCAGGGCCACGGCUCGUUCGUGCAGCGCAACGCCAGCCUGCCCGCGCCGGGCGAGAAGAGGCGGCUCGGCCCCAAGACGCCGCUGGGCGACCUGAGCACGGCGCUCGUCGCGGUCGAGUGGGGCAGCGAGCGGGACGGGCCCAACUUCGACAUCCGGGCGGACGUGUUCCGCAAGUUGACGGCGAGCAAGAAGACGGGCGGCAGCAUGGUGCACAGCCUGCGGUCGCUGGGCAGCGCGGCGCUGAACCUGUGCGCCGUGGCCGCCGGCCAGUGCGACAUGUACUGGGAGGGCGGCUGCUACGCGUGGGACGUGUGCGCGGGCUGGGCCAUCCUCAGGGAGGCCGGCGGCAUCAUGGCCAGCGGCAACCCGGGCGACUGGGACCCCGCGAUCGACUCGCGCGUGUACCUGGCGGUCAGGGGGGCGCCGAGCGGGCAGAAGGAGCUGGUGGAGGAGCUGUGGGCGGUCAUUGGCGACAGCAAGAUGUCCUACAAGCACUAG